AUGUGGAUGCAAAGAAAAACGAGAUUGGCGCAUAAUAAAUACAAGCAAAAAAGAAGGAUAGCAAAUCAAAUAUGCAAGAGAAAAAUGAAGCAAGCCUUGAAAAAAAAUGUUGAACAAAUAGAAAAAGAUUUUAAUCAAAGAAACGUUAGAGAUUUCUAUAGGAAAAUAAAAAUGCAAAGAAAAGGGUUUCAACAUACUAUAACAAAUAUAAAAGAUAAAAAUGGAACCACUCUUACAGAAGAGGCGGAAAUAGUAAGCAGGUGGAAGGAAUAUUUCAGUGAGUUGUAUAAUAUGAAUGGGGAUCAACCAAACUAUAGUAAUGAGCUAGAAAUUUUUAGCGAAGAAACGGGAGUUGAGAUACCGGAAUAUGACGAAACCGUAAAUGCAAUAUUAAAAUUAAAGGAUAACAAAGCAACUGGAGAAGAUACAAUAGCGGCAGAAAUGUUCAAGGCGGGGGAUGAAUGGCGGAAUGGUAUAAUCAUGCCCAUACACAAAAAGGGUAUUAAAACGGAUUGUCAAAAUUAUAGGGGAAUAACGCUGCUAAACGUCACGUAUAAGAUUCUAGCUGCUAUAAUUGCUAGAAGACUAAAAGUUUAUUCAGAAGGAAUCUUAACCGAUUAUCAAUGUGGUUUCAGAGAACAAAAAUCAACUGUUGACCAAAUUUUUUACGUCAGACAGAAAAUGGAAAAAUGUGCAGAAUACAACAUCGAUCUACACAUGGUUUUCACAGAUUUCAAACAAGCAACUAAUGAACCUUAUAAAAAUGAGGAUAUAGUAAGAUUCAUCAAAUCUCAAAGAUUAAGGUGGCUGGGACAUCUCAAUCGAAUGGAUGAAUCAAGGGCUCCAAAAAGAAUUUUCGAAGCAAGACCACUUUUUCAAAGAAACAUUGGAAGACCAAGGUUGAAAUGGAAGGACGACGUAGCAGAAGAUUUUCGUAAAAUGAAUAUAACAAAUUGGCAGCAACUAACAACGGAUCGAGAAGGGUGGAGGAGAAUUGUUAAUCAAGCUAGGGCUCAUAUCGGGCUCGUCCCUGAUUUUAGAACUUAA